AUGGAGUGGAGUUACCUGUUGGAAAUCACCUCGCUGCUCGCCGCCCUGUCCCUGCUGCAGCGCGCCGGCUGCGCCGCCGCCUCGGCCGCAGCCGCCGCGUCCUCCUCCUCCUCCUCGGCGAAGGAGCUGUCGUGCCAGGAGAUCACCGUGCCCCUCUGCAAGGGCAUCGGCUACAACUACACCUACAUGCCCAACCAGUUCAACCACGACACGCAGGACGAGGCCGGGCUGGAGGUGCACCAGUUCUGGCCGCUGGUGGAGAUCCAGUGCUCCAGCGACCUGCGCUUCUUCCUCUGCAGCAUGUACACCCCCAUCUGCCUGGAGGACUACAAGAAGCCGCUGCCGCCCUGCCGCAGCGUCUGCGAGCGGGCCAAGGCCGGCUGCGCCCCGCUCAUGCGCCAGUACGGCUUCGCCUGGCCCGACAGGAUGCGCUGCGACCGCCUCCCCGAGCAGGGCAGCCCGGACACGCUCUGUAUGGACUACAACCGCACGGACCUCACCACGGCCGCGCCGCCGCCCGCCAAGCCCCCGCUCCGCGGCUCCAAGCCCGGCACCCCCGCCAAGGCGCCCCCCGCCGCCGCCGCCCCGCCGGCCGAGGCUCCGCGCAAGCCGCGGCCGCCGCCUCCCUGCGAGCCGGGCUGCCAGUGCCGGGCGCCCAUGGUGUCGGUGUCCAGCGAGCGGCACCCGCUCUACAACCGCGUCAAGACGGGGCAGAUCGCCAACUGCGCCCUGCCCUGCCACAACCCCUACUUCAGCCCCGACGAGCGCGCCUUCACCGCCUUCUGGAUCGGGCUCUGGUCCGUGCUCUGCUUCCUCUCCACCUUCGCCACCGUCUCCACCUUCCUCAUCGACAUGGAGCGCUUCAAGUACCCCGAGCGCCCCAUCAUCUUCCUGGCCGCCUGCUACCUCUUCGUGUCCCUCGGCUACCUGGUGCGGCUGGUGGCGGGGCACGAGAAGGUGGCGUGCAGCGGCGGGGCGGGCGCGGGCGGCGCGGGGGCCGGGGCGGCGGGGGCCGGCGGCGGCGCGGCGGCGGGGGCGGCGGCGGCGGGGGGGCGCGGCGCGGCGGGCGGCGCGGCCGAGCUGCAGCCGGAGCUGGCGGUGGCCGAGCACGUGCGGUACGAGAGCACCGGCCCGGCGCUGUGCACCGUGGUCUUCCUGCUCGUCUACUUCUUCGGCAUGGCCAGCUCCAUCUGGUGGGUCAUCCUCUCCCUCACCUGGUUCCUGGCGGCAGGCAUGAAGUGGGGCAACGAGGCCAUCGCCGGCUACGCGCAGUAUUUCCACCUGGCCGCCUGGCUGCUCCCCAGCGUCAAGUCCAUCGCUGUGCUGGCGCUCAGUUCUGUGGACGGGGACCCCGUGGCCGGCAUCUGCUACGUGGGCAACCAGAGCCUGGAGAACUUACGGGGCUUCGUGCUGGCACCUCUGCUCAUCUACUUGGCCAUCGGUUCCAUGUUCCUGCUCGCCGGCUUCGUCUCGCUCUUCCGUAUCCGCAGCGUCAUCAAGCAGCAGGGUGGCCCCACCAAGACCCACAAGCUGGAGAAGCUGAUGAUACGCCUGGGCCUCUUCACCGUGCUCUACACCGUGCCGGCUGCCAGCGUGGUCGCCUGCCUCUUCUACGAGCAGCACAACCGGCCCCGCUGGGAGGCCACGCACAACUGCCCCUGCCUGCGAGACCAGCAGCCCGACCAGGCCCGCCGCCCCGACUAUGCCGUCUUCAUGCUCAAGUACUUCAUGUGCCUGGUGGUGGGCAUCACUUCUGGCGUCUGGGUCUGGUCCGGCAAGACCCUGGAAUCCUGGAGGGCCCUCUGCACUCGCUGCUGCUGGGCCAGCAAAGGCGCUGCCGUGGCUGGGGGCGCAGGGGCAGGGGCAGGUGGACAGGCAGUGAUCACCACGGCAGGAGGACUCGGGGCCGGAGGUGGUGGCUCACUCUACAGCGAUGUCAGCACCGGCCUGACGUGGAGAUCAGGCACCGCCAGCUCCGUCUCCUAUCCCAAGCAGAUGCCCCUGUCUCAAGUGUGAGGAGGGGGAAAGAGGCCAAAGGUUAGGGAAUGAGGGACACUGGCCUGCCUAAAAUGCCUCCUCACUGUUUGGUGCCAUUAAUGAACCCCUAAUGGUCCUUAUUAGCCACAGCUUGUAUAGAACAAUGCAGCUGGCAGAGGCCCCAGGCUCCAACCCCCUCCUCCUUCCCCUCCAUUCAUAUGCAGGGAGCAUGUACUUCAAGGAGCCAGCUUAUUAUUUUGCUGGCAGAGGAGGGCAGAGGCUCACCCGUGUCUUGCAGAGGGCAAGGCACAGCAGCUUCUGAAUCACUCUGGACUAACAGCAGCUCUUUACUCAUGGGAGAGAGGGUCUUCCUCCCCCCCCGCCCCGUCCUGAGGUGGGAGUCUGCUGGGGACUGCAGGUUUUUGGGAUGUGGAUGACCAGGCAAAUGCCUUACAAUAUUGACUGAAUCAAAAAAUGUCUUAAUUAUACACCCCAGCUAAAUACGGGUUUCCUACAUUAAAGGAUGUAUUUAUAUAAUUAUUUGUUACCUUGUACAGAUGUGUAAAAUAUGUAUAUAUCCAAAGCUAUACAGUCUGUAAAUUUUUUUGUAAAAAUUUAGAGGCUACCCCUGUAAGAGCAAAUAUGAGUAUUCUAUUUUGUCAAUAAAAUGACUUUUGAUAAAUGA